AUGUUUUCCGCUACCAUUGUAUUGGUCUUGACCCUGUUCUUAAGCUCAGGAAAUUGUGCUCCAAGCCAACAAUCGUGCACAGUCAACUCUCUUUCAGCGUUCGAAACAGCAAACGGGCCAGUUGAAGUUGAUACCAAUCCACUGCACGCAUUCGAAAGCCCUAAGAUCCCCGCAAUCAAUAGUACCACGUCUGAAUAUUGGUAUUUUGAUUCUGUUUCAACCGAUGGUACAGCUGGAGCUGCAAUCACAUUUUUCAGGGAUCCUGUACUCGCGUACCUUGGUCAAGGAAAUCUACGUGUCAUGACUGAAGCUGUUUGGAGCAAUGGUACACGUUUCAGUGACACGGUGUUCGUCGAAGAUUCCUGCAUUACUGUGUGUGGCGGGGAGACAACAGGUGUUUGGAGUUCGCCAAGUAAGAAUACCGAUUUCACUUUCAAGAUUUCGAAAGACUCGAAAACUGUCGAUAUCGCCGUCUCAAGCCCCCUUGUGACUGGCACGUUCCGUUUAACGUCAAAUACACCAGCUCGGUAUCCACACGGAGAAACCUUUCCUUCUCGAGAUGCAUCUGUGGCUUUGGCACCGGAAUUUUGGUGGAACGAACCAAUUCCUUCCGGCACGGCUCACGUUUCCUUGAGGCUGGGCGAUACGCCUUUCGAAAUCGAGAGUGGCGUUGGUGGACACGAGAGAAAUUAUGGCUCUGGUGAUUAUGUGGUGUUGGCAAAGAGCUGGUCGUGGAUGAGAUUUGCGGCUGGUCCUUAUACAAUGGUUCUAUGGUCAUGGACUUCUGCAAUUGACGGUCUUUACUACCCUUCAGCUUUCCUCGCCAAAAACGACAAAGUAAUAUUCACAGCGACCCAUAGCGUCGAACAUCCUACUGAGAAGUUCGUCGUGCUUCGAGAAGUAUUGGGACCACCAGGUGUUCACGGCACCUUCGGAAACGAUAGCCCAGGUUGGGAUGUAUUUCUUGUGGACCCGAAAUCACUUACGCAGUAUUACUUCUCCGAACAGCACAAGAAUAUUAUGUUUGAAGCUCCUCAUGGUCAGCCAGAUGAGUAUACUCGAUUUGUUGGGACUGUUACGUUUACGGCUCCAGACCAGACGUUUAUGAAGGGUGUUUCUAUUGGAGAGCAGAGCUUUAUUCGUCCUACUAAGUGA